AUGUCGGUAGCUCAGGGUACUUCGCACUCCAUUGAAGGCGCUCAAUCGUCAGCAGAGGACCCACUGAUCGCAGCUCUUCCGCCGAGGACGGACUAUAUCACGUAUCUUACAAUCCUCGAAUAUCAGCUAACUCCACAGAACUUGCCAACAUUGACCAGCUUGCUGCAGGAGGACGAUGGUACGCUAGCAACAGAAAUCGGCUGGGAUCUACUAAAACUGGUCUUACCCAUUUUGAGGAUAGAGCCAGACAAGGCACAAAAAUGCUUGGAUGUUAUAGCGAGAAGGGGUAACCCUCGUGAGGUAGUCGUCAGGGUAGCAGAGGAGCUUGAACGUCUUGGACAGGACGGCUCUGAUAUCGAAGCGGAUCCGAGUGAGCGUGAAGAUGGCUUACCGACAUUCGCUGGUGAGGCACCACACGUACACCUCGGAACGAUGAGCCUGCAUGGCAUGCCAUCCCAGACCAAGUCGGGGGUAAGUGCAGAUAAGGUUGACCUUGAAAAAGACGAAGACACGAAUUUCGCGAUGGAGGAAGUAAAGCUUCAGGCACUUUUGUCAAUGCUGAGUUUGCUUCAUCCUCGCAUCAGAACGCAAUAUCCCAGCAGAUUCUUAGCCACCUCUCUUCCUGCAGCUCUUGCAGCAUACCGCAGGCUGAGUAUGAGCUCAGCAUCGACGCUAGCCUUCCUGAACACGUUGACGAACCUGGCAGGCAGGAAAAGACCUGCUCUACCACCCAGAGUAUCCACGACAGACGUACUUGCUUCGGCUCCGUUACCCGAUCCUGAAUCGAAGAACGAGACAACGGUUGCAGCACCAUCAAUAGCCGCGAAUGAGGCUGCUAUAACACAACGUCUAUUACAGGCCGUGCUUCUAGAAGUUCUCGAGGAACACAUAACAGCGUCUAGCGAGCCGCAACCGCCACUCACAGCACGAUUGAGAGUUUCUCUCGAGCCAGAUAGUGUCACAACCUUACGGAGAGCAGAAGUGGAUGGGUUGGAAAACAAUGCCGAUGCUGGAGCAGCAGAUAAACUUCUUGUGAAGUUUGCGUCUGUAGCAAGAGAUCUGAAACUCGACGUACUAGCUGAAUUACAAACUUUGGACAAUCUGGACGCCACAGAUGAAGCUGAAAGCGAAUCGCAACACGACUAUCCUACUUCCCCUGCGCAGAUUCCUAUCUCAGCCACAGCGCUGCUGAUCCUCUACUCAACACAGCUGUUCCAGCAGACGCUCUCAUCCAAGGUGGACACUUCGAAGACCACAACGCUCCCGAACUCUGUCAACCCUAUGGUCCUCCAGAUAGUUGAUAGACAGUAUGAGACGGAUUUGAGAAUGCGCUCAUCACUUCCAGCCGUGGACGUUCUCCUCUCAAUACUAUAUCUAAUGUUCUGCACCUCUGAACCUCACCACCCAACAAACGAACAACCUCCGGCAACACUCUCCCGCACAGGAACUACUACAGAAUCCCAGACCCUCCUUCUAGCUAUCGACAACAUCCUCCAAGACAUAUUCCUCACCUUGCCAGACGCCGAUCUACGAGAUAAUGCACACCAUAUCGCUUCUCACAUAUUACACGGCCACUGCCAGCGCGAGACGAGACUAAAGAUCAUAAAGACGCUGUUACUGACCGACAAUACUGCCGCGCGGUCCUCAGUCCUCGAGGCACACAGCGGUAGUCUCAAAUCCAUAGCUGUGGAGUGGUUAAAAGCCGAACUGUACCCUACGCCGAGGGUGGAGAAAAUGAUGGCGAGAUUUCAGCCGGAUACUGAACAAGGCUUGACGUCAGAUCACUUAGGUAAUGAUAUGUGGGCUCUUGUCUUCCCUGCUGAUAAGAUGGUGCCCGUCCCUGCUGUCGACGUUGACUCCCAGGAGAAAGAGCAGGUCGUCGGAGAUUUUGCCACAGACAUGCCUUUCUACAUCUCCAGUAUGAAUCUGCUGUGGAUGAUGGCACGCAACCAUGACAUGUCUGUAGCAACAGCUGGGCCUGCGGAAGAAGAAGGUACAAGCAGCACCGUGCCGAGUGCUCAGGCUGCGAAAGUGGAUAUUUUGAGUAAAGGGGAAGAAAUGCUCAGUCGACUUGUGAAAUGGAAGGAUUAUUUGGUCGGACAUGUAGCAGUCGGGCAGACUGUCAACUCUGGGCCCAACAGUGGUCGUGGGCAUAGUUUAGAAGCAGCAGGUGUCAGUGUGACUGAUGUGUUCGCACUUGAGGAUGCUGUGGGACGAGUCCUGGAGGCAUUAGAGGCUAGCUAA